AAUGGCAGAGCCAAAGUCAUGUGACACAUUCGUAGCUCUUCCACCGGCUACUGGAAAUAGUUGUGUGGUUUUUGGGAAAAAUUCGGAUCGACCAGGAAAUGAAGUACAAGAGGUGAUAUACAGACCUUCUGCCAAGUACGAUGCUGGAACAAAGCUUCAGUGUACAUAUAUUGAAGUAGACCAAGCUGCCAGUACCUAUGCAGUGGUGCUGAGUAAGCCAGCAUGGAUGUGGGGUGCAGAGAUGGGGGCAAAUGAAAAAGGUGUGUGUAUCGGCAAUGAAGCUGUUUGGACAAAAAUAAACAGUGAAGAUGACCUGGUUGAAAGGUUACUGGGUAUGGAUUUGUUACGAUUAGGUUUAGAAAGGGGAGGUAAUGCUCGUGAAAGUGUUGAUGUGAUUACCUCCCAUCUAGAGAAGUAUGGCCAGGGUGGAGGAUGUAUUGAAGGUGGAGACUGGUCGUACCACAACAGUUUUAUCAUAGCAGACGGCAGUGAGGCAUGGGUCCUGGAAACAGCUUGCCAAUUCUGGGUCGCUGAAAAAAUUACAGAGGGAGUUAGAAAUAUUUCCAAUCAGCUGACAAUAACCACAAAAUUUGACCUUUCAUCUCCAAACUUGGUAGAGAAAGCAACAGAGGCAGGUCUAUACAAAGAGUCAGAUGGACCAUUCAACUUUGCAAGAGUUUUUGAUGAGUCUUCACUUGCGUCGAAGAGCUCCAGAUACUGUAAUGGAACAAAAUUGUUGAAGCAGUUCUCGAGUAAUGGAACUUUUGGUGUAGCAGACAUGAUGAAGAUUUUGAGGGAUGAUGACAGUGGUAUCAACAUGGGAAGUGGUACCUGUGGCAGUCAGGUGUCCUUGUUGCCUAGCAACGCAUCUGCAGCAGCUAUUUCACCAUGCUGUCAUUGGUUUACUGCCACACCUAGUCCAGAUGUUAGCCUCUUCAAACCAUUUAUUUUCGGUCCUAGUUCUGGUGUCGGCAGCUUAACCAUUUCUCCGGAUUAUGGUCUAAAAGAUCCACGAGUGGUAAAACCAAGAUUCCAGUCCAAGGUGGAAAGACGACAUGAACUGUUUAAAGGUCAUGAGAAACUACAGUCCCUGUUAGUUCAAGAUGAGGCUAAAGCAAAUAAAAUUAUUCAGAAUUUAAAAGAAUUAGAGUCCAAUUGUAUUGGUGAUAUUGAAGAAAUAUUGAAGAAUUUUGAUGAAUCUAGUUUUGCUAAAGUCUCUAACUUGUUUGAGCAUAUGUGUAACAUAGAACUGAAUUUUUAUAAGGAAGCUUAAUAAACGGUAAUUAAAAGUUACCUUAAAAGAAACUAGGAAACAAAGUAGAUUAUUUAUCAAAUAAUAUUACAACUCGUGUUGCUUACAUUCAUGCUGUUUAACAAAAAAUCACUCUACUUAUAGGUCAUUAUUCUUUAGAAAGUCUGUCUCACCUUAUUUUGGACCCAUGAUAAUUUUUUAGUUAUGUAUGUGAAAAGAUUGUAGCCAGAAUCAAACUUCAGCUAAUGACAUUUUGCAGUUUUAUUUAGAAAAAUCAUUUUCCCAGGUAUUUUUGAUGGCCUAAAUCCACACAAGUUAGAAACUUCUGAAUAUUUAUGACUGCAAGUUAAAUGAAUGUAAAAGUAUGGAAAACAGGCAUUAGAAAAUGAGAUAAGCUGCUUACAGGUAAAUAGACAUUUAUUUUGCCAUAUUUAUGUUACUUAGUUUGUUGUUUGUACAGGAAUCUGUACCAUAUUGUAAAAAAACCAUUUAAUAUUAUAUUAUUACAUAUUUAUUUUCAUAUGCCAUUUUGAAAAAAUGGGACAUAUUUUUGGUUGGAUAUCUGUCUGUUAGUAAGGAGUAUGUAUAAUAACACAUCUUCAUUUAAUACAUACAGUGUAACAACAUCAAUACAUACAGUGUAAGAACAACAUCAAUUGAUGUGUAUUUACAGCAGAUAGAAACUGAAACUGAAGAAGUGAAGAAUCUGCUCCCAAUUAUUUUUCAGUUUUUGUGCUUGCAAAAUUUUGCAAGUGUAUGGAAGACUACUUGCAGUUUUCAUUUCCACUGGCAUUUUGUAUGUCCUAGGAGACCCCUGUUGUUCAAGGGCUAUUACU